CUUGUAAUCAUACGGCCAUAUAUGGAGAUAAACAGAUUAUUGGAAGCUGAAGAGUGUACUGAGUAAAAUCAAGUCAUGGGUCAUUAGCUUUUAGACCUGUCACGGUGGGUCACGUUAACAAUCCCUUCUAUUGCUCAGUAUAAAGAAACGCGUCCGCAUCACCCCGUUCCCCAAGCAACUCCUUUUCAUUCAACCAACUUCUCUCCUUUUUGGUUUCUUUUUUCCUUUCAGUCAUCAUCAAUUCUAUUCCUACUACAAUCUAUCAUGCCUAACAAGGGUCCCAAAAGCGAUAAGAACAGCAACGGCACGUCGUCGCAGCCACAGCCACAGCCGCGAAGCAACCGCUGGUCAAAGCACUGCGUCUCUGCCAACCUGGACGCCCACUAUUCUUGGUUCGUGACAAGUGACUAUGAUCAUGCCUUUUCGUAUGUCUGCUUUUGCCCACCCACUAGUGAGGUCGAAGAUGAAGACGAAGAAUGGGAGACAGAGGACAGUGCAGAUGAUGAGCCUGAGGACUCAGUAGAGGAUGCCAACCCCAACCCCAACCCCAAAUGCGAUGGCGGCAAAAAAUGCCUUUGCCACAAACUUGCCUCAGACCAUCCCGAAUAUCCUUGGGUGGCCACGCGCGCAGGCGUGCGGAAGUUCACAAACCAGCACGUUCAUGCGGAUAUACGCUGCCCGGAUGUUUUCGAUAUGGAUGUAUUCAACGACUUCACAGGCUAUGGUCUUGUAGAGGUCGCGCAAAACCUGGUCCUUGAUUUCGUAGAGGCCGAAGGCGACUGGAAAGAGCAGUGGGCCGUUUGUGAGGCUGUGGGUAUCGCCAUCUUCGGUGAUAUGUUCAUUCCUUUAGCAUACGUUGACGAUGGAGAUCUUGCAGACGAUACAUUCUGUCUGUUUUUAGCUAUGUUUCUCACUAUGCUUACCAAACUAGAGUCCCAGGGACUUCUUGGCCCUGGCUCGGAAAUCAAGAACCUCGGAAUGGUUAUGGCGUUGUACUUGUGCACAACUUCCGACAUACGCGCCUACGGUAUUUGCGAAGGAAAUGAUGAUAAGACGAACAAGAUUGCAGCAUUCUAUAACUCGGACGAAAAGAUUCUAGCCUAUGCUAAGAAAUACAACAUUGAGCUGCGCGGUCCGUGCAACCUCGACAGUUAUGUUAAAGACUUGGAUCAAGUCGAAUUACCACCUGCUAAAGACGACCCUUGGGGCUGGGCUGCUGUCCUCAAGCAGUAUGAGAAACUCCACGGACGGGAGAGAAAGAAGCCUAAGAUUGGAGGAAUACAAUAUGACAUCACGGCGAUGAGCAGUGCAGAACGCAGGGAGAGCAGCUACAACGGUAAAGACCCUCUGAAAAAGUCAGAGAUCGACAAAAUCAAGCAGGGCAUGUUUUUUCAACUGGUCUAGGAUCGACAAUGAUAACUGGCCAGGCAAAUGCCCGG